AUGCUCUUCCUGGACUUCCUUUUAAUUCAUGAGUUCUACAGCGUUGGUACUUUGAAGGGUUUUGACAACGUCAUCAACCUGAUUGUCAACGACAGCCAUGAGAGAGUCUUCAGUCCGGAUCGCGGAGUAGAAUGUGUGCCUCUGGGGCUGUAUAUCAUUCGUGGUCAGAAUGUCGCCGUUGUUGGGGAGGUUGACGAGGACCUGGACAGCCGUGUCGAUUUUGAAAAUCUUCGUGCAGAGCCCUUAAAUCCCAUUAUUCAUUAA